GCUCGCACUAGGAAUGUGCUUGCGUUGCGCAGGAAACCGCUAGUUUCUCAAGACUUACAAAUGCGGUGGAUGGACUAUUAACCGUAUUAAAGUCACAUUUUAGUAGAAAGCCACCAGAAGAACAUUUACUGUCAUAACUUGAUAAAAACUUUCCCAACAGCCACCUGGAAUAUUUUUUUUGUGUGGACUGGGUGUCGUUUAUCUGAGGACUUGAGUUUUAUAUUUCACUCAUCGACCGUUGACUUUUAUCACACUGUUGUGUCAGUAUUAAACCUACUUUACAAGUCUUUUUGUCGUCGAGAAAAGGGGAUUACGCCUUGAAGAUGUCCGUGGCGGGCUUAAAGAAGCAGUUUUACAAAGCCAGCCAGAUGGUGAGUGAGAAGGUUGGUGGUGCUGAGGGAACUAAACUGGACGAGGAGUUCAAGGACCUGGAGAGAAAAGUAGAUGUGACAAAUAAAGCUGUGGUAGAAGUCAUCUCUAAAACAUCAGAGUACCUGCAGCCCAAUCCAGCAUCUCGUGCAAAGCUAUCUAUGUUAAACACUAUGUCUAAGAUCAGAGGGCAGGUGAAGAGCCCAGGUUAUCCACAGGCCGAGGGGCUGCUGGGAGAAUGCAUGGCAAAGUUUGGCAGAGAACUGGGAGAGGAAACAAACUUUGGUGGUGCUUUAUUUGAUGUUGGUGAAAGUAUGAAGAGGCUAGCAGAGGUGAAGGAUUCUUUGGACAUUGAUGUUAAACAGAAUUUUAUCGACCCUUUACAAGGCCUGUGUGACAAGGACCUAAGAGAGAUACAGCACCAUUUGAAAAAACUUGAAGGACGCAGGCUGGAUUUUGACUAUAAGAAGAAACGUCAGGGGAAAAUUCCAGAUGAAGAGGUCAGGCAGGCGCUGGAGAAGUUUCAUGAAUCUAAGGAGGUGGCUGAGAUCAGCAUGUACAACCUUCUGGAAACUGAUAUUGAGCAGGUGAGCCAGCUGUCGUCACUGGUUGAGUCUCAGCUGCAGUACCACAGACAGGCUGUUCAAAUCCUGGACGAACUUUCUGACAAACUCAGUGACAGGAUGAAAGAUGCUCAGUCACGUCCUCGUAAAGAGUACAUGCCCAAGCCCAAGCCUGUAAUUGACUUUGGAGAUCCCACCGAACAGUCGAACGGUGGCUUCACCCCAACAUCUGCUCCACCCAUGCGCAAUACAGAGCCAUACCACCAGUCUGGCAGAAUAUCCACAUGGAAACCCAGAUUGCCAGCGGAGCAGCCGUGCUGUAAAGCGCUCUAUGACUUUGAUCCGGAGAACGAAGGCGAGCUGGGCUUCCACGAGGGUGACAUCAUCAAUCUGACCAAUCAGAUCGAUGAAAACUGGUAUGAAGGCAUGCUGCGUGGCCAAUCCGGAUUCUUCCCUCUCAACUACGUGGAGGUGAUCGUUCCUCUGCCACACUAAGUGACCUCUGUCAUGGAAAAGAGGGGAGGAGAGAGAGAAAGAGCAAUAAAAAAGUGAAAGGGAGAAAGCUGGAGAGAAGUGAGGUAGGGAGAAAGGAGCCAGUUGAAAUCAUCUUGGUCUUCAUCCUCACCACAUUGUUGCCGUUGAUCCAAAUGUACCUGUACUCUGGCACUUUUACACAUUGAUUUAUUUUUGAAGGAGGGAACUUUGGAAAAUGACGACCUUUCACAUUCCAGGACUGACUGACUUACUGGCCGGUUGACUGACGUACGGAUGGUAUAACUUGUUCCUUAAGCUAAAAUUUCAGAGACACUCUAACUCACUUCGUCGUCCAAGUCUUUUAAUGAUGUUUCAUACUGUUUGUGCUUCAUUAACUGAAAAGAAAAGAAUGCAGAUCAUGAUAUCCCUGUGAUACAAUUCUCAUGUUUUUAAAGAGUAGACAGGCUAGUCUUUAUCUACUUACAAAUUCUUUAUCUACAUACAAAUUCUCAACUGUUGGAUUGUGAAAAGUUGCAUUUUGACUCGACUGGUCCCCUUACCGCCCCCUGCUGGUCAGGCUGCGACAUUGACCUGCCUCAGAUUAAGGAGAAACCGCCUUGUAUCUGUGACGGACACAUUAGCACUGGGGCUGUGUGUGAAAUGUCCCAAUGUGCAGCAAUCCUGAGCCACAGACCUGUUGAGAGAAAUUAGUCCUUUUCUAUGCUCCAUAAUUUUAACAUAGCUUUUCGUCAUCUAAUAUUUUUCAUGUAUAUUUUUUACAAGAUAAAAGAAAUUAGACGCUGAAUUGCACCUUGGAUCUCGUCAUAAAGGUGAGCUAAAACACUUAAUGGAUGUGUUUAGUCAGGUGGAGAGGGUUUUACUGCACUACAACCGUUUAUAAAGUAUGAAACACUAUGCUUCCCCUUUUACCAUUUUUAACCCAGAGGGCGGCAAAUAAAUAAUUUGCGCACUGUUUUCUGAAGGAAACACAGCCAAAUAGUUAUUUAAAUGGAAAUGUCUUCUUCUGGCAGCCUGAAUUAUAGAGUCUUCCUCUCUCUUUCUCCUCUUUUGAAGUCAGUUUACGGUAUUCUGUACAUCUGAUGCUGCUGGCAGUGUCCCAUUAUUUCAGGUGUGUAUAUCUGGGUGUUUAGGGUGGAUGUUGGCUCAUAAGCCCCGUGUUAAAUUUAAUUUACACAGAAUUUCUUUAUUAACAAAUACUACUUCUCAUCUUCAGAAAUGAAGGGAUGGUGCUACAUCUCUUGCUCUCACCCAUCACUUUUAAAGGAUUAUUACAGCUUUAAAAGUGGUUGAAGAUCUAGUUUAUCUAUUUUACUCAGAGUUCCCUAGUUCUUAGGAUGUUUUUUUUUCUUUUCAAAUACUGCACUCCAUAAAAGCAUGGACCUACACACCAUCUUGGUGGUUCUGAACAUACCAACAUCUGUCCCUCCACCCCGACUCCAUGUCCUGUCUGCACAGAGCACCUCUGUGACCUUUUCCUCCCAGUGUCUGUUUACAUGUUUUGUCCACGGUUUGUUUUGCUCACCGUAACAGACUAUUGUAGAUGUGCUGAAUCAGACAGGCUACGGUGACCGUUUCAAUGUGAAAAAAGGGUUUUAGUGCCUUUUCGAUGGCAUGAAUCAAUCUAGAACACCAAACAAAAUAUUAAUUAUGAUUUUAGAUCUAAUAUGUAGUUUCUAUGUCUGUCCUCUUUCAUUAUUUACGAAAGGGCUUGUUGGUUUCAGUAUUUGGCAUGAGCUGUGACCAGAUGUACAAGCAUGAGUACAAAUGUGCCUUUGCAACACUACAAGUUUAAGAAAACAGCAAGUGGGUUAUUUCUGUCUAAUGGAAUGAGGGUACCAGAACGAUUUUAUGAAAGUAAA